AUGUAUACACCUCAGAAAGCUGCAGCAAUUCCUAACGUGCUGCUGCUGCUGCUGCCGCCGCCGCAGCAGCAGCAGCAGCAGCCCGCGAGACACACACACUCGACUUUGCAGCAGCAGCAGCAGCAGCAGCAGCGGGAAUCGACAGCAGCAGCAGCAGCAGCAGCAGCAGCGGAGAUGUCGUGGCUAGCUGCAGCAACAAAAGGCCAGGCCGUGGGCGCUGAGGAGCAGCACAAGCGCCAUGGGAAGGGCGGCGCAGCAACAGCAGCAGCAGCGGGAGCAGCAGCAGCAGCAGCAACAGCAGCAGCAGCAGCAGAGCUCACGGCGGCCUCAGUCGUUGCUGAAGCAGCAUCAGAAGCUCCCGAUGAAGAGUCCAGGGCUUUGACAGCAGCAGCAGCAGAGAGUGCAGCAGCAGCAGCAGCGGACACCGCCUCUGCAGCAGCAGAAGCAGCAGCAGUGGAAACAGAAGCAGCAGCAGCAGCAGCAGCAGCAGCAGCAAACCUCACCCCGUUUUCUCGUGCAUCUUGCAGCAGCAGAGGCAGCCUCAGCAGCAGCUCUGCCUGCCCCUCAGUGCUGUCUCCUGCUGCUGCUGUUGCUGCUGCUGGUUCGUUUUCCCCUGCAGCAGCAGCAGCAGCAGCAGCAGCGGGCCCCGACGGAACCGUCUCGCCAGCAGCAGCAGCAGAGGAAGCAGCAGCAGCAGCAACAGCAGCAGCAGCAGCAAGAACUGUCUGGAUGGCCCACAGCAGCAGCGCAGUUCGCCUUGAGCAGCUGCAGGAACUCAAAGAAGAAGUUUUGGUCAAUAGAAAGAAGCGGCUGCUGCGCCGGCAGCAGCAGCAGCAGCAGCAGCAGCAGCAGCAAGUGGCAGAAGCCAGUCUGCAGCAGCAAGCGAGGCAAAAGCAAACGCUGCAGCAGAGAAGGACGCAGCAGCAGCAGCAGCAGCAGCAGCAGCAGCAGCGGAGCGCUGGGGGGCUGCAGCUCAGCUAUGCAGCAACACCUGGAAAGGCCGUUGACUACAGGGGAAGGUAA